AUGCUUGUGAGAUAUUGGCUAAACGAAAUCCCGGGAGUCCAUUGUGAAAGCAGAAAGGAUUCAACGGGCUCUCGACAUGGGCGUAGUGAUAAACUUCGCAACGAGUAUCGCCACUUAUCAAAAUGGUGUCCAGAGGGAAUGACGUACGAUGCUUUCAAAGCCAAUCAAGGAGCUCAACCGCGACGAAAUCGAUAUCAAGAUGUACCAUGUGGAGAUGCGCGUCGAGUGGUGAUCAAGUUCCCUUGUGAUGUGGUGAUCCGAGUGAUUGGUCUUCUUUUUGUCGUUGGUGAAGGGUCGGACCACAUUGGAAUGAUUGAAGCCAAUAAACUCCAACUUCAACCCCAUUUUCUGGUAGUGGGAGAGCCGACCGAGAAUCGUUUUGCCUCAAUUCAAAAAGAAGCCUUCAAGUUCGUCAUCAAAACCACCGGCAAAGCGGGUCAUUCUGGCUAUCCACGUCACAAUUGGAAGAUUGUUUUACAGCAUCUGGUGUGGCCUCUCCUGAUGAUGAUUCUCAUCUACGCUUUGCCGAUUUUACUGAUCCUUUUUGCGGUUGGAUGUGGUAGAAAGAAAACGCCUAGAGGAUCGAUACGCCGUCCAAAAGCGUCGAAGGCUAGAACUGCCGUGGGAAAUGAGAAGCUGAGCCCAGCUUCAUUGGUUCCGCUUCCACAGAAAGGUUUCUUCUUCGCGGAAAAGAGCUGCAAAAGUGGGAAAAAAGCUUCGGAGACUAAAGAGACAAGCGAGGAGGAAAUCCUUCCAAAACCAAUCCAUCGAACUGAAAAAGCGGAAGCAAUCGUGAGGAAAAGCGACUAUCCAACUUUCAACGAUAUCUUGAGUGACCGUGACUGGGAGAGCAAAAGCAAGCAGAGCGCUUCCAGAAAAUCCGAAAUGAAGCUCGACCGAGAUCUCAAGAAGGAAAAGAAGGAAAACCUUGCGGAC